AUGGUCACUGUCAACGCCAACGACUCCGGAUCCUACUCGCGGCACUGGGGGACAGACCGGCAUAUACUGGACCAUGAUGCUCUCCGCAUAUGGUAUGCGCUGUAUCCGUAUCAGAGGACGGCUUUCCACUGGGCCGCCGGGGGCUUCGGGGAGACACUGACGGCGACGCAGACUGUGGCCAGGGCGCUGCGUGAGCAAUGCAACAUCCACUUCGAGAGCUUCUUUCUUGCCAUACACCAGGGCAAGGGGAACUUUCUCUGCUUCUCCGGACCCCACACCAUUUCGGAGGAAGACAUUCGCCAGAUAUUCCGGAGAGAAAAAUUCCUCCAGUUUCAGAACCUGGCCUCGCCAAGGGAGCGCCUUUCGCGGACACACGAGGAUGACGACUAUCAAGAUACAAAUGACGGGCGGUACGUCGACGACCAGUGGGCGCCGCAACCGAAGCGCAGGAAGCGAACGCGGAGGCCGGGGGCGGCACGGGGAAACGUGGACGACGAUGUGGCUCCCAUCGUCGUUAGCUCCAGGAGAGCCAUCGAGAUUGGCGACUCGGAAGCCGUGCGGCAAUACUACGAACAGUGCUUCAAGUGCCUCCAGCAGACGGCCUGCAAGAUCAUCGCCAAGUACAUCAUCAAGCUGAUCGCGCCCAAAAAGCAGGCCAACAACCCGUACACUCGAGGCGACGCCACCGCCCCCGCGUGGUGGCCGAAGCCCUGGGGCACGGGCGAGAAGGACAAGGUCCGCCAUGUCGAGCCGGACCAUCAGUGGAAGAAAGAGCGCAUCUAUCUCCUGACACACAUCAUAAAGUUGGUCGUCGACCCCGAAAAGCAGCCGCCUGAGAUGCGGAGGCUGGGCAUCAACGUGGCGAAGCUCGAGACCGUCGCGAUGGAGUCUCUGUCGAGUUUCUUCGAAGACCCAAGCAAACCCAAAAAUGAGCAGAAGAAGUAUAUCCUCAAGGAGCUCUUCAAGCUUGCCAAGAUGGAAGAGAAGUAUCUGAGGAACGAAAUAGAUGGGACUACCCAGGUCUUCGUCCCGGCGGACGAUAUGCUCAUGAACUAUUACUUUGACGAGGACGACAAGGAGGAGGACGAGGGAGACAUCGGCGAGCUCAAGGCAGAGCGCGCCCGCACAGACUCGCUCGCUUCCUCGGGCCCCUCGCCUGGAAAUGCCAUGCUGGCAUCGCUGCCGCCGCCGAGCACCAACGCCCUGACCGCCGAAUUGCAAGCCACGUCGUUUCUGCACAACUCCGCCGCCGUCCGCAACCACCAAUACGGCGCGCCGGCCAUGAUCCCGUCCGAUCUCGCCCCGGAGCAGUAUGCGUUCUCUAACGCCGCCGGCGGCUUAGCUACCACCAUGGCCGGCCCGACACCGCCCCCGCUGCAGCCGCACACCACGGCGGCCGCGCUGCAGCUGCACCAGCUGCUGGGCAGCCCGCUCCACCACCAGCACCAGCAGCCCCAUCACGACAGCGCCAACCGACGCUCGCCGCUCUUCGCCGCCCCGACCACCGAGUUCAGCGCCUCGCCCACGACCGCCUUGUACCACAACAGCCCCUGGGAGACGCAGUCCUCGCCGGCGCAGGACACGCCCAGCACGACGGCCGCCAGCAGCAACACCAGCAGCAGCAACACCAGCAGCAGCAACACGCUCAACGACAACCCAGUCAUCAGCAGCACCAGCAGCAGCAGCAGCACACCCAGCAGCAGGGCUUGUUUUGAAAGCGGUGGGAAUAUGCAGCAGCUACAGGCGCAGCCGGUUCAGCAGCGGUAG